ACCCCGGUUGAAAAAUAACCAUUACUACGGGAGAGGCAGCAAAACUCCUGCCCGAGUGCGGCUGUGGAAGCGCGCCGGCCCCGUUUCGGAGCUUUGGAACGGUGCUUUCGGAGGCUGGCGGUGGGCUGAGGGCAGGGAGAAGAUGGCUGCCGGCCCCUGCCCGCCCCGGGGCUGAGCGGGAUGAUGGCGGGCACGGACCCCCGAGGAGGGGUCGGCGGCCAUCUUCACGAGGGGCGGUGGGUGAAGAAGGCGGAGGAGGAGGAAGAGGAAGAGGCGCUGCCCGCCCCCGGCGGGUCAGAGCGGGGAAGUCGCCGCCCGAAGAUGGCCGCCGCGGCGGGGGACGUGUGCGGCUCCGUCUCGGGGAGCCGCGCCGGGGCCGGGGCCGGAGCCGGCGCCGGGGCUGGGGCUGGGGCUGCGGCGGAGGCGCGGUUCAUCAGCAGCGCCAAGGGGAAAGGCUUGUUCGCCACCAGGAACAUCCGCAAAGGGGAAAUCGUCUUCGUGGAGAGGCCGGUGGUGUCGUCCCAGUUCCUCUGGAACGCUCUGUACAACUACCGAGCUUGCGAUCACUGCCUGCGGGCUCUGGAGACGGCGGAGGAGAACGCCCAGCGGCUGCUGGGGAAGAGCUCGCUGGUGCUGCCUCACCCCGAGCAGUGCAGCAUCCGGAAAGACCUGCACCAGCAGUGCCCACGCUGCCAGGUAACCUACUGCAGCGCUGAGUGCAGGCAGGCUGCUUUGGAGCAGUACCACCAGGUCCUUUGCCUUGGCCCAUCCCGUGAUGACCCCACGCACCCCCUUAACAAGCUGCAGGAGGCAUGGAGAAAUAUGCAUUAUCCACCAGAGACUUCCAGCAUCAUGUUGAUGGCCCGGAUGGUUGCCACUGUCAGACAGGCUAAAGACAAGGAAUGGUGGAUCAAGACCUUCUCCCAGUUCUGCAAUAAGACAGCAAAUGAGGAGGAGGAGAUUGUGCACAAACUGCUGGGGGAUAAAUUUAAGGGCCAGCUGGAGCUGCUGCGGUUGCUCUUCACGGAAGCCCUUUAUGAUGAACACCUCAGCAGGUGGUUCACUCCAGAAGGCUUUCGAUCCCUCUUUGCCCUUGUUGGGACCAAUGGCCAAGGCAUAGGAACAAGCUCUCUGAGCCAGUGGGUGCACGCCUGCGACGCGCUGGAGCUGCCCCUGCUGCAGCGGGAGGAGCUGGACGCCUUCAUCGACCAGCUCUACAAGGACAUUGAGAAGGAGUCAGGGGAGUUCCUCAACUGCGAGGGAUCAGGUCUCUACGUGCUCCAGAGCUGCUGUAACCACAGCUGCAUCCCCAAUGCUGAGACAUCCUUCCCAGAAAACAACUUCCUCCUGCAUCUGACGGCUCUGGAGGACAUUGAAGCAGGAGAGGAAAUCUGCAUCAGCUACUUGGACUGCUGUCAGAGGGAGCGCAGCAGACACAGCCGCAACAAGAUACUCAGGGAGAACUACUUGUUUACCUGCUCGUGUCCCAAGUGCCUGGCGCAAGCUGACGAUGCUGACGUGACGUCGGACGAGGAAGAGGAGGGUGAAGGGGAGACAGAUGAUGCUGAGCUGGAGGAUGAGAUGACUGAUGUUUGAUCCUGGCCCUGGGCAAAAGGAGAGGGAAGGGACUGGGGGGAUCCUCCAAGAGGCAGCAGCUUUAAAUUAAUCGAAACAGGGUUGUGUUGUGGGGUCGGGUGGGAGGCCAGGUGCUGGUGGUGGGUAUGGAGGUCCGGUGGAGCUGGGCAGCUGGAGCCAGAGGCAGCCCCUGCUCCCGCCUGGCCUCCUUGUGUGUGUGCGUGUGUCAGGCUGGGCCUGUCCUCCCUGUGAGGACAGGCUGUGAGCUGGUGGCCCCCUGCCACUUCCCACUCCCCACAGAGGGGCUGGCUGGUGCUUGCAGAGUUGGCUGGAGGAGAGCAGGGUCCAGCCAGCCCCUGGGACAUCAGGAUGGUCACCUCAUGGUCACCCAUGCGGCUGCUUCCCCGUGUCUGUGCCGGCCGUGGACACGGAGCAGCAGUUCCUUGCCUAGGGGGCUGAGGGGAACGUGUGUGCCUGUGUGUGUCUGUGUGUUCGUGCACCAGGGGUACUAUUUAAUGUCUAUAUAGCACUGUCUACACACUAUCAGCUGGGGUCCUUCUGUAUUCUCCAUUCCAUGCAUUGGCUUGGUGAGCAGCAAGGGGCAAAGCAACUUUGUGGGUGGGCCAGAGACACUUUCUGGGUGACCUGGAUGCCUGAAUCCAACAGGAACAGUGGAGAACCUCCCUUCCACCUUGGCCCCAUCCCUCAGGUGAUGCAAAGCCCUGUGCAGCAGUUGCCAGGCUAUUUGUGGAGGGGGAACAGGCAGGCUGUGGCUAGCCCAGAGCUGACACGGCUUACAGUGUUGUGUCAGCAAAGUCACCACCCAGCACCCAGAAGGUAUUUUGGGUUUUGCAGAGAAUGAGCCACCCUGCUGGGCUGCCUAGCUGUAGGCCACUUCAGGAAGGUGUGCCCAAGGAGGAGCCACCAUGCCCAGGGACACACCAAGUUGCCCCACGUGGGGAUGUCAGUGGCAGCUGAGUGUUGUCAUCCGUCCCACCCCCACUGAAGUCACACCGCUGUCUGCAGUAUCCCUGUCUGUGAUCUGCACUGCUGGAGAGAGGUGACAGCUCCAAGUGAUGGACAGACAGCAAGUUGGGGAUGUGCCCAGGGUGUUUUCCUGCCCGUGUGGAUUUUGGGGAGCUGUUUUCUGUUGAGCCCUGAUAGCAGGACCAUGGGCAACGCUGCAAAUGGGCACCUCUGACACCACCAUCACCACCAGCCCUGCACCCUGCUGCUUGGCCCCCAGCUGUCCCGGGGCCCCUUCUGUGUCUGUAAUAAAGCAGGACUGGAGAGAAGCUGGGCUGUGUGCUUUGUAGUGAUAAACUAGAGGGGGGUGAGUGCAGAGCUGACAGCUGUGAUCCAGGGACUGGU